UGACGUGCGUUUGUGUUUCGGGUGACUUUUAUUUUGACAUGUUUUGACAUGUCGUUGUUUCCGGCUGUUCCGUCAUUCACACUUUCAAACAUGGAGUCUAUUUUCCACGAAAAACAAGAGGGCUCUCUGUGUGCGCAGCACUGCUUGAACAACCUCCUGCAGGGAGAGUACUUCAGUCCAGUGGAGCUGUCCUCCAUCGCGGAGCAGCUGGACGAGGAGGAGCGCAUGCGCAUGGCUGAAGGAGGCGUCCAGACCGAGGAGUACAGGACCUUUCUGCAGCAACCGUCGGGAAACAUGGAUGACAGCGGCUUCUUCUCCAUUCAGGUGAUCAGUAGCGCUCUGGGGGUUUGGGGUUUGGAGCUCGUUCUGUUCAACAGCAGAGAGUACCAGCAGUUACGGAUCGAUCCCAUACAUGAGAAGGCCUUUAUAUGUAACUAUAAGGAGCACUGGUUUACGGUGCGUAAGCUGGGACAGCAGAGUUUGUAUAUUUUUUUUUUCUUUUUUUGUUUUGUUGUUUAAUCUGUGCUGGCUGGUGAGGGGAUCGUAUCUGAUAUAUACUUAGCUCUUUUCUUAGCGCAGCUACAGCAGGAAGGUUAUUCCAUAUUUGUGAUUCGGGGAAGCCUGCCGGAGUGUGAAGCCGAUCAGAUUCUGCGGAUCAUGCAAGUGGAGCAACAACAGCGUCCGAAGUUGAUUGGAGAGGACGAGGCCCAGAGGAUGUCAGUGCAGCAGGUGUCAGACCCCGGACACACCGCAGAUGAAGUGCUGCUAGAUGAGGAUGAGGAGGAGCUGAGGAAGGCUCUGGCUCUCAGCAGGCAGGGCAUGGAGGUGGAGGACGAGGAGGCCGACCUUCGCAGAGCCAUUCAGCUCAGCAUGCAGGGUGGCAGCGAUACCAGAAGCCCCAGCACCGCUGUGACGGCCGGCUCGUCUCACGAAUCGGGAUGGUGAGAAGGAGGCGAUGACAGCGGAGGAGUUGCGCAGGAGGAGACAGGCUUACUUCGACAGGCAGCAAGCUCAGUCCGCCGCUCACCACAGCAGCUCUGCUGGUGGAGAGAAGGACAGCGGGACCAAACCCAACCAGUGACGGUCCAUCAGCGCCGGUGACAGACGCCCUGAACGCCCUCGACCCGACCUCUCUUUGGGAAUGAUGGGACUCACAUCUCCUCUCAGAACUGCCCUGGGUCCUGCUGUGUAAUAAAGGGACAUUCGUUUAGCUUCGCUUCUCCUCUUUGAGUUGAACGAGGUGAAAGAAAAGUGUUUCCCCAGUUCAUUCCUCUUCCUCAGACCGCGGCUCAGACGUACACAGGAGCGAGACAGCACCGUGAGGAGGGAGCUGUCAGCGCUGGGAUCACUCCUGCAUUCUGGGACCAUUAGGGCUUUACUGGGGUUACUGGAUCUCUCUGCUCUUCUACUCUGUGGACUGUAGUGAAGAACUUCUGCUGGUCACCGGUGAGCAGCGGGUGAUGCACCCUAGGUAGACAGCACAGUGAGGGCAGAUGCUCUUGUGGAGUUCAGUCAUCGUUCGGAUUCAGACCUUCAUUUGUUUCAGUCGUUCAUCCGUCGUCCCUAAUUUGUUGGCAGGCAGCAGCUCUUUUGGAUGGUUUUCACAUUCUUUUCUAUGAUUUCAUACGUUUGGUGGCACAGCAGCGUUUCUGAACUCGUUUCACAUUCAGCAAUAGUUUUUAAGUGAUUGGUUAUUCUUGCACUCCUAUAUACACUUAUUCUUUCCUAAAUAAAAAUGUUUCUUUUUCCCCUGA